CAUCAUCACCUACAUACAAUACCAACAUGUUUCUGCAAAUCAUCAGCAUUUUAAGCAUCAUUGCUUUAUUCUCCUCACCUAGCCAGGCUUUGGCCAAUUGUCCACCCGGCUGUCAAUGUGAUGACAACACUUUGAUUGUACAGUGCGGUGAGGGUCAUUUGGAUGUCCUGCCCAUUGCCCUCAAUCCCUCCAUACAGCGAUUGGUCAUCAAGAACAAUAAAAUCAAAACCAUCGAUUCAUCCAUACAAUUCUAUGCUGAAUUGACAUUCCUGGAUUUAUCUUCGAAUCAUUUGAUGAAUAUACCUCAACGUACCUUUGCCUAUCAGCGUAAAUUGCAGGAAGUUCACUUGCAGUACAAUAAAAUUGGCCAGAUUAGCAAUAAAACCUUUAUUGGUUUGGCUGCUGUUACGGUAUUGAAUUUGCGCGGCAACUUAAUCUCGGAAUUGCAUCAGGGCACUUUUGCUGCUUUGGGUAAAAUAGAGGAAUUGAAUUUGGGUGAGAAUCGUAUUGGUUUCAUUGAUCCCAAGGCUUUUGAUGGUUUGUCCCAAUUACGGAUUUUGUAUUUGGAUGACAAUGCCUUGACCUCCAUACCCGAUCCCAUACACUUCCAAGCCAUGCCUUUAUUGGCUGAAUUGUUUUUGGGCAUGAAUUCCUUGCUUACCGUGCCUUCUGCUGCUUUCCAGGAUUUGAAGGGUUUAAGUCGCUUGAAUUUAAAAGGUGCCGGUUUGCGCAAUCUUUCGCAUGAUUCUUUCCAUGGCCUAGAGGCUUUACGUACUUUGGAUUUGUCGGACAACAGAUUGCUACACAUACCCUCAUUGAGUCUCAGUCUUUUGGGACGUUUAGAAGAGUUAUUCUUGGGCCAAAAUGAUUUUGAGGCUAUUCUGGAGGGAGCGUUUGUUGGUUUGAAACAAUUGAAACGUUUGGAAAUUAACGGAGCUUUGAAAUUGAAGCGUGUUAUGAAUGGUGCCUUUGCCUCCAAUACCAAUUUGGAAUAUUUGAAUUUGGCCUCGAACAAAAUGCUGAUGGAAGUGCAAGAAGGAGCCUUAAGUGGUUUGCCUCAUUUGAAAUAUGUCAACUUAAAGGCAAAUGCCUUGACUACUUUAGCUGAGGGUUUAUUCCCCUGGAAGGACUUGCAAACAUUGGACAUCUCUGAGAAUCCCAUGGCCUGUGAUUGCCGUGUUAUGUGGCUGAGAAACUUGCUCAUUAGCAAAAACAAUACCAACGAUAAUGUGGCUGAAAUUGUAUGUGAAUUCCCGGAACGUUUAAGAGGUGAAGAAUUGAAAAACUUGAAUCCCGCUGUUAUGGGCUGCUCACACACCGAUCCACGUAAACAAGCCUUAAUAGGAGCUUUGUUGGUGGGUACAGCUGCCACUAUUACCGCCUUGGCUUUGAUUGUGUACAGAUGCCGCCACAAGAUUCGUGACUACUUGAAGGGUGGUUUGUUUGGUAACUCGGCUUUGGGCCACAAAGAACGUGAAUACCAAAAGACUUUCUGUGAUGAAGACUACAUGACCAGACAUCAACAUCAUCCCUGCAGUUUGGGCAUCCACUCGACCUUCCCCAAUACCUAUACCCCACAUCAUGUCAACCAGCAGCAUUAUGGACCCAUGUGCACUUUGCCCGUUAAUGGUGAACAAAAGAAUUUCCAGCAAUUGCAAGUUCCCACUGGCACUAUUAUGGCAGACAAACAAACAGUAGCAUCGAAUAAAAAUAUUGAAGAUUCCGCCUCCUUUGUUAUGCACAUGAAAACUGCCUCAGCUCCUGCUCAGAAACUAAACCACUACACCAAACCUCAUUUCUUGCAACAGACCGCAGCUGUGGGUGAUUCCUGUUAUUCCUAUGCUGAUCUGCCUAUUGUCCAUGACAGUGUCAAUCAAGAGCAAGUGCAACAAAACCUCAACUAUCAGCCUCAACCCUUGCACUAUGGCACCUCACAUGACUACACCAACAAUGUGGCACCCAGUGAAUUGGAUCCCAAUUACAUCUACAGCAAUACCCACUACUCUAUGCCAGUGGAACAGCAACAACAAUCCAGCAGUCUGAGAACAAAAACUCCCACACCACCACCCGUGCCACCAGCAUUGCCCCUGAGAAAUCCUCCCCAAAUGUUGGCAGUCUCCACCACCGGCCGUCGUUCCUUCAAUCAUGGCUCCAGCAAACACUCCAUUAGCCAGCAACAAUCGCAACAAACUGCUGCCAUUGCACAUUCACAAACCAUGCGCUAUCAGCACUGAUCUUGGAUGGAUUCGGGUAGUUUCAAAAGACCCAAGAAACGUUAUUUAGCCACAACGGAAAAAUAUCCUUUAGCACAAACUCCCUUAAGCUAUUAUCGCCAAAACCUAAGUAUUUGUGCUUAAAAAGAGAGAGAGAUUUUCCCUGAAUCAAGGGAAACUUACUGUGAUGCCAGACUAUCGUUAUACUUAAUACCAGAACUGUACAGAACCAAUUUAACCACAAAAAAAGACAAACAAACCAACAAAGACAAUUAGUUAUAACAAAAAAAAACCCCUAGAAAUAGAUUUAAAAUUAAGCUAAAAUUAACAAACAUACAUUUUUCGUAUGUGCCCUGAAAAGAAAAGAGAACAAACUAACAUUCAUUCGCGAACCUUUGUAUAUAAAUCACGAUCUCUAAAAAUCAUCAUUGUCAUUAUCAUCUUUGAAAAAAAGAAACAACUUGUAUAAAUUAGUUAUUAAUAAUCAAACCCCAGCA